AAACAAAACACGUAACAAUCCAUAUAAUUCGUUUUUCUUUGGUUAAUUAUUAAGAAAAGAAAUGGAGAGGUAGACUGGAUUGUAAUGAAGAGACCGUAAUUGCAUACCUCAAGUUAAUAUAUGUACAGUGUAGAUUUAUGAGAGUAUAUAAAGACAAGGGUUUUUAGGAGUAGUGAAGCUUUGUUUUUGCAAGUGUUGAUUGUGAGAAAAAAUGGGAAGAGGUAGGGUUGAGUUGAAGAGAAUAGAGAACAAGAUCAACAGGCAAGUGACCUUUGCAAAGAGAAGGAAUGGACUUUUGAAGAAAGCUUAUGAGCUUUCAGUUCUUUGUGAUGCUGAGGUUGCUCUCAUCAUCUUCUCUACUAGAGGAAAAUUGUACGAAUUUUGCAGUAGUCCAAGCAUGCUCAAAACACUGGAGAGGUACCAGAAGUGUAACUAUGGAGCACCAGAACCAAAUGUGUCCACAAGAGAGGCCCUGGAGAUAAGUAGCCAGCAGGAAUAUCUGAAGCUGAAAGCACGUUAUGAAGCCUUGCAAAGAUCCCAAAGGAACCUCCUUGGAGAAGAACUUGGCCCUUUAAGCAGCAAAGAGCUUGAAUCACUUGAAAAGCAGCUUGACAUGUCUUUGAAACAGAUCAGAUCCACGCGGACUCAAUAUAUGCUGGAUCAGCUUAUGGAGUUACAACAUAAGGAGCAGGUGCUCAGCGAAACAAAUAAGACCCUGAAACAAAGGUUGAUGGAAGGAUACCAAGUAAGCUCAGUGCUCCAGUUGAAUCCAAGUGCAGAAGAAAUGGGGUAUGGCCGCCAACCUGCUCAACUUCAUGGAGAUACCUUCUUCCAUCCCCUGGAGUGCGAGCCUACAUUGCAAAUCGGAUCAUAUCAACAUGAACAAAUAACAGCAGUGAGUGCAGGCCCCAGUGUGAAUAACUACAUGCCAGGAUGGUUGCCAUGAGAGGAUAUAUGUCAUCUAUGGAAUGCAUGCAAUCCAUUCUUAUAUAACUCAUAAUUAAGACUGGAAGAUUUAUCUCUUUGUAAGUAGUUUAUUUGGAGAAUCGGAACACUUAUGGAUUUAUAUUUGAAGUACUCUGUGGACAACGUAGCCAAAACAAACUGAAAGUAUUAUAUGUCAAGUGUGUGUAUUCGAGGUCU